AUGACAUUCGAUCAUGUGUCUUUCUGUUACACGCUCACCAGCGUCGACGGCCAAAGUCCUGAGCUAAAGGCCGCCUACAAGGCUUGUCAAGCCGCGAAACAAGAGGAAACGGUCAACGGCUGCGCCAACCCAAACAACGGGACCGUGAAGCUAAGCUGCCACCGAAAGCCACUAAGGGCAAUGGACAUGUUGAUAUGA